UUUUCUCUUGCAAUAGAGAUUAGAUUAUAGAAGUACUAUUUAACAUCCGGAGGGAUUUGAUCCGGCGGAGGAACCCCAAAAUCGAUCAAUCAAUCAACCCUGGCUUCGGAUAUAUGGAGACGCCUUUUCCCAAUAGCACGAAGAAACAGUAGGCGAAUUCUUCCUUCUUCAAUAUUCUCUUCAAGAAUAAGAAUAAUGAUAAUGCAAAACAUGAAUCUCUUUAAACUGUGUUCCGCUCUCAGAGUUCUAGGUUACUUCAUGAUUCUCUUAUUCGCCGCUAUUGUUAUCCUAACUUACUACGCCGUCGUUUUCGUUACUUGGGGUCCUCUCUUGUUUCCUUUAUCAUCUUCCUCUUCCUUUUUCUCCGCCUUCUUUAUUCUUCUCUUAUUUCACACUCUUCUUCUUCUACUCACUUGGUCUUACUUUAUGGCCGUUUUUAAUGAUCCUGGUUCUGUUCCUCUCAAUUGGACACCACUUCCUCAACUUCCUGCUGUUGCUGUUCCACCACCUUCAAACGUUGAAUUCGAACUGGAGGAGGCAGCAUCAACAACAACACCUUCCACUGGUCGUUACUGUACUCGAUGCCAAAACGCCAAGCCUCCUCGUUGUCAUCACUGCUCUAUCUGUCAAAGAUGUGUUCUUAAGAUGGAUCAUCAUUGCAUUUGGGUCGUCAAUUGCGUUGGGGCACGAACCUACAAGUAUUUUCUUCUCUUCUUGCUGUAUACAUUCCUCGAGACAACGCUGGUUUGCUUAGCUCUGAUCCCUAGUUUUCUCAGAUUCUUCGGUGUAGGUGGAGCCAAGAAUCAUAAAUUGUCUCCUGGAGGAUUUUCUGCCAUUUUCUUGGCUUCCAUUCUCAAUUUAGCCUUUGCGCUGAGUCUUCUCUGUUUCAUAGUCAUGCAUUUAUCUCUUCUGUUAAGUAACACAACUUCAGUAGAGGUUCAUGAAAAGAAAAAAGGAGUUAGGUGGAGGUACGACGUGGGAAGGAAGAAGAAUUUUGAGCAGGUUUUUGGCACAAAAAAGGCUCUAUGGUUGUUCCCGCUGUUUUCAGAAGAGGAUUUAGAAAACAUACCUGCACUUAGGGGCAUUGAGUUCCCAACCCGUUCAGAUGUUGAUGUAUGAAGAUCAGGGAGCUUGUGAGUUGUAGGCUUUGCACGUCAAUUUUAUAAGAAAAGAUAUGCCAUUUUUUUUCUUAUUUCAUACUGGUUCGACAUAGGGCAUGACAACAUUGCAUUGUGCUUGGUCAUAUUAUAUGUUUAAAAUGAAAAAAUGGUAUGAUAGAUUUAUGUAUGUAUGUAAUCUUUAUAUUCAAUUUGUAUUUGAUUAUUCUUAUUCUUAUACUCAGUUUCAAGAAUCUGGCAUACGAAGGGAUACAAUGUAAAUUUGCUCUUACAUGUGGAAUUAAUUGAUCCGAGUGGCACUUUCACUUUUAUCGGUCAA